AUGUGGCCUGGAGCUUAUGCAGACCCUUGUGCUGGUCUAAUGCCAUACGAUAUUUUUUUGCAGGUUAAUGCCGAGUCCGUUGAGAACUUCUGCAAAGAACACCAGAUUUCUUCUGUCCCGACUGUACUUUCAUAUUCCGCGGGUCGAGAGGUUGGUCGAGUCAGUGGGGCCAAAGCUGCCGAAAUAACGAAACUCGUGGGCGAUCUCGGAGACAAAAAUGGCCCUCAGGCGGCGGGCUCUGGAGAUCUAAGCAGUCGCAUCAAAGCUCUUAUUUAUCAGGCCCCAAUCAUGCUUUUUAUGAAGGGCUCGCCUAAACAGCCCCGGUGUGGAUUUAGCAAACAGAUUGUUGCAAUCCUUAGUUCCCAUAAUAUCAAAUACGGCCAUUUUGACAUUCUUACGGAUGAUGACAUUCGACAGGGUCUUAAGAAAUACUCCGACUGGCCCACCUAUCCACAGCUGUACGUUGACGGCGAAUUGAUCGGAGGUCUGGACAUUGUAAAACAACUUGAAGAGUCUGGUGAACUGCUUUCUGCCCUGCAUAUGAAGGCAUGA